AUCAGAACGCAGCAUGCAGGCAAUCCAUACUGUCGGGAUAAUGACUACCUCUCGUAGUACAGACGCCUCAUGAUACUACCGCUGAGAAUCGUCGUCUCAGGAUGUCACUCCUACAGUGGCUGUGGUGUACAUGUACGACUCUUGUUACCACGGCCUGUUGUGUGUCAACUAUGGGCGUCAACUCCACAACUAUCGCGAUGGAAUUGACGGCUAGAAUACCAGGCAAAUGCCACCUGCAAAAUCAGGCCGAAGCAGAAAGUGAAAGGAAACAUUCUAAGCAGGAACAAAUGAACAAUUGGCAAAGAGUUGCUGUUGGAGAGCCCAACUUGAUCCGAAACACGCUUAACAUAACCUGCGAAGUAGAUGGCGGCAAAGGACGGUGGAAUUGGACAAGAUUUCAGGAAGUGACUGAUUCAUUUGCUGAAGCGCACAAUGGUUUCUAUAUAGGACUGACCAUUGUGUGUUCUGGCAAUGGCUCUAUAACGAUGGAAAGGCCCCACCAGGCAAGACUUCUGUGGUCAUUGUCUAUACUUGGCUGUUUUAUUCAUUCCUAUAAUGUUCUCAAUACAGCCAUGUUAAACAGACCACAGAACGACCUUAAUAUUCUUACUUUGGAAAACUGCGUGCUGGUUAUUCGACUAAGCGAAUUAAUGAAAGAGAUAAAAAAGCAUCACGAACCGGAUUGUUUGAUAAAUCCAAGCCUUGUGUACUACCGUCAACAUAACCUGUCGGCCAUUCCUGAAUGGGAUAUUAGAAUUACGAUGAACGAUUCCGUCGCUCUGGAACAGCACAAGGAGAAAACAUGUCGUUGCCCAGCGUUAAAACACCUAGAACUUUCCGGGCACAAUCCAAACAAUUUUUCGUACAUCGAUUCAUUUUUUCCAGCACCGCGCUCGCCACCAUUAUAUCCUAAUUUGAAGGUUCUCAUCUUAACAAGAAACAAUCUGAUGACAGCUCCGUAUCAUCUGUAUACUGAUAAAUGGUGGGCUCAGUUCGGCGCUCUUGAAAAGAUAGAUUUAUCUCAUAAUCGAAUCACGUCACUGUCGUUUAGAAAGAAACAACCUGUUAUGACCAGUCCGUGGUUGACAGUCGAUUUGAGCAAUAAUUCUAUCGAAUCCAUCACCCUGGGUGAAGUAAAAGGCCUCGAUGAGUUUUGGCCUAACUCGCUGUCACUUGCCAACAAUCCUUUUGUAUGUAACUGUAGCUUGAACGAUGUCGUAACAUUCCUCAAAAACAGAAUGCGUACGAGUCAGCCGCGGAGGUAUAUUAAUGAGAUACUUGGUAACAGUAUAGAGUGUGUAAACCCUACUAACAUGAUCGGAAUAAAGCUCCUAGACCUUACAAAAUACUCCGCGUGUGACAACGAAUCUGGACCAUCCAUGGACUUAGACAAAUACAUCACAAUGAUUUGCGGAGUUGUGACAGGACUGGCUCUUCUGAUAGUUCUAGUACUGUGGUACAGAAGAUGUAAGACCCAGUCGGCCGUCACAGUGUCGUAUCAGUCGACGUCGGAAAGUGAUGACGAUAAAACGUACGACGCGUUCAUCUCCUACAGUUCCCUAGACGAGACAUGGGUGAUGGGAGAACUUUAUUCAUUCUUGGAGUCGCAUGCAUUCCAUGUAUGUCUGCAUCACAAGGAUUUCAUACCAGGCGCGUGCAUAUCGGAAAACAUCAUAAAUAGUAUCGACAAAAGUAGGCACACAAUUUUAGUGCUGUCACCCAACUUCCUUGGCAGUGAGUGGUGUCUGUUGGAGUUCCGCAAGGCUUUCCAGCAGUCCCUGGUGGAGAAGACCGGACAUUUGAUAGUCGUAGUCAAGGAAAGUGUGGAUCUCGUGUCACUGGAAAAAGAUAUGCGACAUUUUAUAGAAACACAUACGUACCUAUCUCUCGGCGACAGUCGCUUCUGGGACAAACUCAAUCGAUCCCUUACUUGACAUAGUUAUAUACUUGAUUUCUAUUGGAGUGUCGUAAACAUAAAAAAACAGACGAUUAUAGGGUGCGACACUAUCUCUAGAAUGUAAUAUUUUUUUAAUUUGUAUUGAUAGUUUUGCAGAAGCAUCUGUUGUAUGCUUAUCUUAUAUUAACAAUGUACCUAUGAUGUACAUGUGUGUUGUUUUGAACUUACAAGUCUAAACCCCUCUGAAAUUCGUCUCUUGAGAUUAUGAAUGGAAUAUCGAACCGGUUGUCACGUCACUUAUUUUGAAAAUGAAGACCCCCUCACCACCAAACUCUCUGACAAACAGGUAUGACAGUGAUGAACACCUGUAUAUACAGCGUUGAUGUUAUUUAUAGUCUGGACAGGUUACGCCUGCUCUUCCAAUCACCCGGAUUCCCCUCCUAUUGUUUCUGGCGAUUCAAUGUGUAUUGUGUUUCGAUGUCUCCCAGUUUCCUUGUCUUUCCGUAUCGGAUGUAUUAACUUCAGGUUUUGUCUUCGUAGGCGCUGUGUAAUUUUAGUUAUAGAGUUGUGUAUCUCCCCUAGACCACUGUGGUGGGGAACAAAGAGGUAAGCAUUAUUAAAAUUGGUCGUAAACUUCCUUCACAAUUUCAAAAUGUGAAAGAAAUGAAAAGGUUCAUAAUACUAACUUCUUCAUGCAAAAUGAAAUCGUGAAUAUUGCUUGUAAUCCGCUCUCUUAGUAGGUAUUUUUUUUCUUAAAAAACAUAUUCAUUUCUCAUGAAAGCGAUUGAUUUUGGGAUUUUAUUUUGCAUCAUUGUGAGCUUGCUUUUGUACAGAACUUAUCAAAAUAGAUCUUUUAAGUUUUCAAGAAAAAUACAUUAUUGCUUUUAUUAUGUACCAACCUUUUCAAAAAAAACCUCUCUCGAUUGAAAGUAAGCUUACAAUCAUGAUUAUUAGUGGGAUUGUUAUAUAACAAGUAAAAUGCCUUCAAAUUGUCUGAAAGUAAAUUUUAAGAUAUUUCUGGUUCCUGGUUCCGAAAUUUUCCCGUCAGAGGUAAGAUAUCCAUGUUUUUACAAAGUGUGUUGUGUGUGAAAUAAUGUUUUAA